CACAGCCUAAAAUUGAAAAAAACAAAAACAUGUGAAAACACCAGUCCGCCAAAAACUUCUUCAGUGUACGCACAGUUAACGCUUGGAAUUCCCUACCGGAAAAUGUGGUGUCUGCACCAUCCUUGAAUGCUUUCAAGAAUAUGAUUGACAUGGUCUGGAAGGCACAUAAAUUCUCCAUGAACCUAGAUUGGUUUCAAAUUGCCAGAAUCAUGAGCCAUGAGCACCAACCUGCAGAUAACAGAGUGUGAAAACAACGAGCAGGAAGGAACAAGCAAUGAUACGAGUCGAGAUAUUUGUGAUUGAAGGGGGUUGAGUUGCCUCAUGGUUUCAGAAGUAGAACAAUGGAAACUGAGUGCAUGCAUGAAAGAGUCACUGUUGAUCAGUUUCAUCAGUGGAUCAGAGGUCGAGCAACAGAGAGCAAUCUUGACCAGUACCCUAGGACAGACUUUUCCUGUUAUAUUGACUACAAGUACAUGAAGGAUGUGUUCUCUGAGCACCCGCAGAUGUUUCAGCAGGUGGUGUGGAAAGAGUUCGGACUUGGCAACUUUGAUGGAAAGGACAGCACCAUAUGGCUGAGCAGUGAAGGUGCGAACACCCCUGGUCAUCAAGACACCUAUGGCUUCAAUCUGGUCACUCAGCUGGUAGGAAGGAAGCUGUGGAUAUUGUUCCCACCUGAGGACACAAGAUACCUAUAUGCGACUCGUGUUCCUUACGAAGAGUCAAGUGUCUUCACACAAGUCAACGUAAGGAGACCAAUUGUAGAGCUCAAUCCAGAAUUUCAGAAAAGUCAUCCAGUGGUCAUUGUACUUCAUCCUGGGCAAACUUUGUACGUCCCGCGUCACUGGUGGCAUUAUGUGGAGUCCCUGGACCCAGCCAUCAGUGUCAAUGUGUGGGUCCCAGUGGAGGAAGACAGAGACUCUCAGCUGCAUGAGGCUGUGACCCGAUUCUGUGCCUCGAGCCUGAUACAAUGUCUCGACACCGGUCUGGACUCUAAUGUGAGGAGCUCUCUUCUGAACCCAACAGAAACGCUGUACCCAGCAGAUGUGAACUUUGGUCUUCUUAGAACUGCAUUAUUACAAGCAGUCUCUAACAACUGUGUGUCAGCUGUCACCUCUCCACUUCAGGAAGAUGGACAUAAUCCUGCAACAACUGUACUUAGAAAUGUGGCAAAAACUAAAUCUACUAAAGUUGAGGAGAAUAUGUUUUCGAGAAAUGAAGUUGAUGUUGUGACUUCUCAGAAAAGUGAUGUCACAGAAAUGGAAUCUCCUAGACUGAAUGAAAGAUUAUUUUCCACAGAUAAAGUGACACCUAUGAUUCCUGUAUCCAAGAAUGAAAAAGAAAUGGAAUCUGCUGAAGAAGCCAAUGAAAAAUUGUGUUCAAGAAGUCAUGAUGUGAAUGAAGGAGAAAGUCAUUUCCAAUCAUUUGUUAAUACGAUUAAGAAUUAUGAAAUCUCUUUUUGUGAAAGUCCUUAUGGGUUUGGGGAAAAAGAUCACAGCCUUCUCUUGGCCAAGAGGACAUGGGGUGGUUCACUGCAAUGCUCUCACAGUCUUUCCAAACAGAGAAAGUUAUCUUCAGAAAUAUCUCGGAGAGAAAAGAAGGAUGAAAACGAUGACAACGAAAGUAGGACUGGGCAUUCCAUUCGUCACCCGAAACUGGAAAGUGAGACUGUGUUAGAGACAUCUGUGAGAAAAGGAGAAGAUUCUUGUUCUGACAGUAGAAAUGAGAUUCAGUCCUCAGCUCCUACCGGAGAACAUAAACGAAAGAUUGUUUCUGUAAAGCCGUGUACAUUUUCUUCUUAUCUUCAGUUUUUGGAUGAAUUAUGUGAGUACUCUAAAUGCCGCGCUUGUAGAUACCACCGAAUAAAGCACCGUGCAACAAAUGACUCUGGUGAAUCAGGAAUUUCUGAUUGUGUCUCGUCUAGACAACCGGAAAGUGAUACUUUGCCUGUCCAAGACAGUGAUGUUUUUAGCAGGCCAAAUAUGUCUUUUAAAUGCAAAAUGGUGGCUACUGCAUUAUCAAGUUCCUCAUUACCUUGUGACACAUUAUCAAACACUACACUGCCGACAAAGACUAAUGACAAUAUUAUAGAAACUGAUACUACCCCACAGUCUGUUAACAAGGUGGAAAACUCCACUGGCAGUUUGGAUGUUGCAGAUAAAAAGAGUGAUAAUGACGUAUCAGAUUCUAAAGCUGGCUGUUCGCGAACUGAUGAACGUACAUUUCCUCUGGCAGCAGACCAUAUCCCUGACCUGAACAGACUCUCAGAUAGAGAAAUUGCUGAAAGCUUCCUUGUCAGCGUUCUACAUCCAGACAUCAUUACCGAAGUCGUCUCACGUUUCAAAGAACAGUGUACGUUAUGUCUGAAGGGGAAGGAUAAGGAAGAAGUGGAUCCAUGACUCUGCCUGACUUAAAAGCACAGAAUUAUUGUUUUAGUAAGGUUCGUUAUGUGGUUCAGUGUGAAAUUUAGUCAGAUGUUUUAGAGCAAUCAGCAAAAAAUGUGUUUGGAGAAGAGAGAAGAGAGUGGUGAGGGGGGCGGGGGGUAGACUGAUAAAGAGAGGGAGAAACAGAGAGAUAA